UCCACACACAACAAAAAAACUUGAAACAACACACCAAAUAAAUGUCAUUUCUAUUUUAUCACUAAAACUAUGAGUACCCAGGUCCGUGUUGUCGUCGUCAUUGUGAAAUACUUGGUUAUUCAUUUUUUGCUAUUUUUGUUGUUGUUGUUGAUAUCAUCUGUACCGGGUAAUGUUAUUGCCGUUGACUUUGCACGAAUCCUUAAUCGAAUUCUCGACUACUGGCAGCCGAAUGACAUUUAUGUCAUCUUAAAUUCCACCAUCACACAAACAGGUGAGAAUGUCAUCGGUGCAAUGGUUUAUCCCCGUUACGUGAGUGCACGAGGUGACUUCUCGAGUUUCAUUCACAAUCACAAUCAUCAGCAUCAGUUAAAGAAUCCAAUACGUUGGGCGGUAUUUCCGGAUAACUUUGUGCUCGUCAUGUUUACCGAUGACAGCUGUCAGAAUGUGAUUCCAAUUUUACGGCAUCAACUGUCACAGGAGAUUAUUGUCAAACGUUCGAAAAUUAUUGUCGUUGCAAUGCAUUUUAUUUCUCUCGAUGGAAAUGUGGAUGAUGGUACUACUUCCUGUUUGGAAGGAAUGUUUCGGGAAUUAUGGAAGAAGAUGGGAUUGUUGAAUGUGUUCGUUUUCGAUGGGACAUUUAUUUAUGGUUUCAAUCCGUUUACCAAGGAAUUUCUUAUAAGACAUCGAGGUGAGGAUUACAAACGUCUUAUUGCUGUUGACAGAGCUGCGAAUUUUUACGGUGCUGAGUUGAGAGUACCUCAGAUGGACGUUUAUCCGGGAUUACAAAGCAUCAUAUGGGGGAAGGUUUCGAAGAAAAUUGGAACGUUUUUCUUUGUUGAGGAGCCGUUUGCUAAAUUCUUUAAUGCAACUUUGGUGACCUACACUCAGAAAGACCAUGACUUUGGUUUUGAGUUUACUAUUAAUUCGACGGAUUCAAUUGUCCUUCCAGGAAUAGGCAAAGACCUUGUUCAGGGUCUUGGAGAUCUCACAUUGAUUCCACGAAGCUAUGAUAGUUCGAAUUUCUUCGACUUCCUGUCGCCCGUCAACUUCAAAGAGUGCACUCUAAUCAUACCAAAGUCGGAACGGGUUCCUCAGUAUUCAAUUGUCGUGAUGGUAGCUUGCAGUUGGGUCAGGCUUUUAAGCCUAGUGAUUCUAGCCUUGAUUGUUGCAUUUACUGGACUCGUGAAGAAGGUCCUUGGAUUGAAAUUAAAAAUGUCCUGUUUCAUUUUUGAACUUUUCUCAACUUAUAUUGGACAAUCUAUGAGAAUUAACAUAGAGAGCUUGUCAAUGAGGCUUAUUAUAGCCUUUUGGCUGCUAACUUGUAUCCUUGUGGGGACACUUUUCAAUGCUGAAAUAGUCAUGGGGUUCCUGACGCCAAUGUAUAUCAGAGAUUAUGAUAAUCCUUUUGAUGCGAUUCAAAGGAGUCAUUUCAAUAUUUAUACCUUCGAUGAUUUUGUCUACUUUUUAAAGGGAAACUCAAAGAAACUUUUCCCCUCGGAUGAAAUGUUUCAACUGUUGCUGAAAAAACUGAAAGGCGUGUCAAGAGAUGAGUUUUUCCAAAGAGUACUUCAUCCUAAUAAAAAGGAUAUGUUUAUGGUGAUCUCUAUGGCAGAUAAUUUGCUGGAAAAGACAAAAUAUUUGACAGAGCAGACAUAUUCCUAUCAUAAGACAAAGCCGUUUUUUAUCAGCCUUACAGCAAACAUUGUACCCCGAGGCUCUAUCAUUUACAAUCACUACAAUGACUUCAACUAUCGCAUUUUCGAGGCUGGCCUGCUGCAGCAUUGGAAGAAUCUUGAGUUGGUGUAUGAAAGAAAGUUUGGCGGUAGCGGUGGUGGUGACGAUGUUAAGGCAACACCAGCACCACAGGAAGACUCCUUAACGAUUGAGGAUUUGUAUUCAGCAUUUUUGGUGCUUGUCCUUGGAUAUGCGUUGGCACUUGUCGCAUUUGCAAUGGAACGAUGUUUUCACUGCUGCUGCUAUUGCUGAUGAUGAUGAUGAUGUUGAUGCAGUCGUGAAAAGUUUUUAGAAGGGAACAUGGUUGUAAAUGCUGUUUUGCAUAUUGAGUCAUCUUUAUUUAUGUUUUUUUUUGGAAUUAAUAAUAUAAAUUGAAAGUUUAUUUAAGAAUGAAAUAAAUUUGUA